CACACACAUACACACACAUACUCCACCACACUCUGUCUAGACUGGCAGAUGUCGCCAUGAUCCUGAUGGGUCGUAGUUUGUGUCUCCCCUCUCCAGCCACUGUCCAGGAGCUUUUCUCUGUGGCUCGAGAUGCCAGCAUCAUCCCAGAUAUCUCCUUAGAUCCUGUCCUCUCUACUUUCCUCUCUCUGGACUCCUCGGCAGCACUGCAGCACCAAUAUGCCUUCUUGCAGCGGGGCAUGAGCAGCGAGCAGCAGACUGCUUUCAGCCUCAGUCUGAGCGGAGAGCUUGGAGGCAGCAGCCGGGUCACACAUGGAGGAGUCGGGCUCGUUGCUCUGGCUCUGUCCAUGCUUUUUGACCAGGUUGCCCAACAAGUCCGGGCGCAUGGAUCAACAGAGGGUGACGUGUCGACUCAGAGACCCCAGGCUAAGAGGAUUUUUGGCAUCAGCAGUUCUUCACGAAUUGGCUGGCUUGUGCACAGCUACCUCUGCCUGAUCCCCGGCAUUGCCAACAACCCAGAAAAGAUGGCUGAGACCACAGAGGUCUAUGACACCUGGCUCAAACUGGAGCUCAUUGACCAUUAUGAGAGAAUGACCACGAAGAAGAGAAUGAGCUCAGUGUCCAUGCAGCAGUGGUUGGUGGGAGCUGCAGUUCAUCUGCACAUGAGAAUUCACCAGGUCCGUCUGCACUCUGUACCAUUAGGAUCGGCUGAGUCACUGCGUCGGUCUUAUAAGUCAGGGCUGGGUCGCCUGGUUCAGGGCUUCACCACCUAUCUGCACAGAAACAUCCAGGAGACUCCGAGACCUGGAAAACCCAAAACCAGGACAGCCUCUGGACUGAGAAGAACUAAGACGUUUAGCGCCGCAAACAUGACCUGCUCAAGUCAUCGCCUCUUUAAUGUUAGCCUGGAUAGUCCAAGUAUCUCACCUGAUAACGAGACUACACCCAACUCAACAGCUGGUGUAAUCAAUAGUUGUAAAAUAUUUGCUUCCAGUGAAGACUUUGGACUCAAUGUGACAAAAAGAAGCAACGAUUCUGCUGUGGGUAUGGUAAACAGGAAGUCACUUAACAGUUCUGCUGAAUACAGCAGGGGUGAAGAUAUCAACAAGCAGGGUCUGUUAGUGAUCGAGCCGUAUAGGAAUGUGAGUCACAACGUGCUGCACCAUCCCUGUGAGUCUCCAGUCAUUCAACAAGCUUUGGUGACGCGCAUUAUGAAUGCUCAGGACCUGGAGCGAAACAGAAUCUUCUUUUUUUGUCCUGACAACGUCUUUCACAGUCUGCUCAAGCAGAGGGAAGACUUUGAGUUCAGGAUAAAUAGACAGACAUAAAUGAAAUAUUCUUAAAAGUACCAUAAAUUAACAGAAUAUUUUGCUUUUAACUUUAGGAAAUUGACUUCUUAUCAGCAAAGACUUAAUAAAGUAAUUUGGUGUAGCCAUUGCAGAUAAACAGAAACUGUUUUUAGAAAGAUUUGGUUUGGUUUCGAUUUUGACGCCCCCUGUGGACAAAGUGAUACCUCGUAUCUAUUUGCUAAUCUUAUCCCAUCCUUGGAUAGCAAUGUUUUCUAAUGAAAAAUCGCAUCCUACUUUUUUUUUAACUAUCAAAAGUGUCACUUAGUGUUAGUCUUUGCUGUGGAAAAUGUUAUUUAGAUUGUCUGAUACCUACUCCAAGUGGUUACAAGUUUUAGAAAUAAGUUCAGAGUAAUCUUCUCCCUGAUGGCAUGGAUUGCUUUUGUAGGUCAUAAAGAGACAUUGAGUAUUCAUUUAAUCUGUUUCAUAACCUGUUAAAAACUCCUCACAGGAGCUUUAAUGGCCAUACGACUUCACUGGUAGCAAAAACAAAACAAAUUGAACAGGUGACCAUUUUAACUAAAGACUUUCAGACAAAAGUUUAUGCGGUUAUACAAAAAGAUGUUGCAGACAGAAAGAGUCCUAACACAUGCUUCUUUGUUGAGUUUUGAAUUAAAGACAUAUAUGAGUAUAUUUUGACUAUAAUAAAAAACAAAGAGGCAUUUCUUAGGACACUUUCCAUCUUCAACAUCUGUUGCAACUACAACAACACAGAGCUGUUAACUGGGUCACUCGUUCUACUGAAACAACAUUUAGCUUUGCUUUGCAUAAAGACUAGAAACAUGACUAACAAACUGAUAGAAGCUAAAAGAGUGUUACAUCCCAAUGAAAUUAUUUGGAAGAUUUGAAAGGAGUUAACUAACAGCGAUUUCAUCAGAAUGAAUUGCAUUUAUUGCUCUGUGUUUCUGCUCAUAUUUGCCUUUAAAGAAAUGUAUGAUAUUCUAACUAUGUUCUCCAAUGCUUACUUCAAACUAUUCUGUUGAAUCUUUUGUAAACUGUUUAAACUAUCGAUGUUGCCUUCUUGGAGUAAACCAAACGGUACUGUUAUGAUAUAAAACUUUCUAAACUG